ACAAAAACCUCAUAAGUUUAGUGUUGUUAGUAUCUAUUCAGAACUUCAAUCCAGACACAUUUUGGGUUUAUCUCUGGAUCAGAGAGGAUUUUUAGAAUUAUUGUGCAUUGGAGGCAAUGGAAAAUACAAGAAAGCCAGUGAGUAGGAAAAACCCAACUGUGUUGCAGAGCCAGGAGUUACAUGAGUACAUACUGAAGACUAGUGUGUACCCAAGAGAACCAAAUCCUCUCAAGGAACUGAGAAUUGCUACAGCAAACCACCCAAUGGCUUUCAUGGGGACUGCACCUGACGCAGGUCAGCUAAUGACCUUUCUCUUGAAACUGGUGAACCCAAAAAAAGCAAUUGAAAUUGGAGUUUUUACUGGCUACUCUCUUCUCCUCACAGCUCUUACAAUUCCUGAUGAUGGCAAGAUUACAGCCAUAGACAUUAACCGAAAAACAUACGAAAUAGGCUUACCAGUUAUAAAAAAAGCCGGUGUGGAACACAAAAUUGACUUCGUUGAGUCCCAAGCUCUGCCUAUUCUCGACAAAUUCUUAGAAGAUCCAGAGAAGGAAGGGAGUUUCGACUUUGCUUUUGUUGACGCGGACAAGAACAACUAUUGGAACUACCAUCAAAGGCUAAUGAAACUGAUUAAGGUUGGUGGGAUACUCAUGUAUGACAACACACUCUGGGGAGGAACAGUUGCUUGGCCUGAAGAGGAUGUUCCAGAGGCCAAAAGGGAGUGGAGGCUGUGUGCAAUUGAGUUUAACAAAUUGGUUUCUGCAGACACAAACGUUGAAAUUUCCCAAGUUCCAUUGGGUGAUGGGAUCACAAUCUGCAGGCGCAUAUGCUGAUCAUCAAGUUGAGUCAGAAAGUCGAUAUGAAUAUCAUAUGUACUUAAUCAGAUUAGUUCUGUUAAGAAACUACUUUAUAAACCUCAGUCGAGAAUUGAGAUGAAAUAAAAUCACCCAGUUCAUAAAAA